UCUUUGGCGCAUGCGUGAUAAGAGAAUUCCUAAUCUUUCACACUUAGUAGCAUUUUUUGCGAGCGAUGGAAUUUAUUUUUUAACUGCCUAACCAAUGGAUUAAUAUUUCACGAUUAUAAGAGCAUUUUGGGGGACAGAAAGACAAAUAAAAAAAUCUACCACUCUUUUUUAACCGAAUUAAAACAAAAGCGGAAGUAUCUGCAACCGAUGCAUCUUGCCUCGCUACACUGCCGUAUGGUACAACCCUCAAAAAUCAAAACAAGCAUCUCCGGUUGAAAAAAAGCGAGUGUCUGGAUGCUACUUUGUACAUUACGAAACUCAGUAGUUGUCUCAGAAAAAGACUUUUAUCAUGUCGAAUAUGGAAAAACACUUGUUCAACCUGAAGUUUGCUGCCAAGGAGCUACAGCGUAACUCCAGGAAAUGUGAUAAAGAGGAAAAGUCAGAAAAAACUAAAGUGAAGCAGGCUAUCCAGAAGGGUAAUAUGGAGGCAGCCAGGAUCCAUGCAGAGAACGCCAUCCGGCAGAAGCACCAGUCCAUCAACUUCUUGAGGAUGAGUGCCCGGGUGGACGCUGUAGCCUCUAGGGUCCAGACAGCUGUCACUAUGAACCAGGUGUCAAAAUCCAUGUCUGGAGUGGUGAAGUCUAUGGAUGCUACACUGAAAAGCAUGAACCUGGAGAAGAUCUCUGCACUGAUGGACAAGUUUGAAAAGCAGUUUGAAACUCUUGACGUGCAGACAGCUCAGAUGGAGGAUACCAUGAGCAGCACCACCACUCUAACGACGCCUCAGAAUGAAGUGGAUAUGCUGUUGCACGAGAUGGCUGAUGAAGCCGGUUUGGAUCUUAAUCUGGAGCUUCCUGCAGGCCAGACCUCUUCACUGGCUUCAUCUGUGGCAUCAGCAGAGCAGCUGUCUCCAUCUGCUGAUUUCUCUCUCGUCUUUCGUGCCGUCAUCAGGAUGAGCUCUCCCAGAGGCUGUCCAGGCUGCGAGACCAGGUGUCAUAGUGACACGGCGGGGAAAACAACAAGAAGGAGCAAAAACACGGAAUGGCCAAUAAAAACAAAAAGUGCAAUGUGCCUGCAGGCUUCAUGCCCUCCUUUAUAUUCUUUUUUUUUUCUUUUGAGAAAAGCCUGAAAGCAGAAAAUGAUGUUUUUAUAAGAAAGCAGGCUUUCAGUCCUGCAAGUGCGUACAGCUAUUACCUCAGUCUAAGCUGGUUAUGUUGCAUGUGUAUAUAAUGCAAAGCAAAGUAAUAUAUUUAUUUAUGUACUACUUUAUUUCCUAACUGAAUGGAUAUUGUAAGGGUGUACUUUUACUGCUACUGCUGACGGUGUUGACACUUUUGUUUUUUGCUUCCAGCGUCAGCUUUGCUGUCGUAAUACAAAAUUCUCCAGGUGAAAUAGUUUCCUUGAGUAUUUAAUAGAAUUUUCUUCAUGUAGCAGUAACCACUCCAAAGGCUCACACCGCACUGCUAUUCACAAACACAAAGUCAUUAAAAGUAUUGCAAA